GUAGCGUAGAAGCGUGCAGAUGGAACCGUUUUAUACAAUAUUAUGAGUUGGAGUAAUAUAUACUGCAUGUAAAAUAGAUAAAUAUAUAUUUACUAUAAAAAAACGGCACAUAAUUAAUUCAGGUAGAGUCGGGAAUUGUAUGUUUAGAAUACAUCGCUGAUUACGUCGCUUUGUGUCUAUUUGAAGUGACAAAAUGUUGAAUAUGACAUACAUACCGCAAUUAGAUACUUUGUUGUUAAUUAAGUAAAUAUACAUAUCCUGCGGGGUUACAUAAGGAAGUUAAUGUCGCUUCUGAAUGUCAGCAAUCAGCCUUGUGGGGGAGCUGUGGAGGAGUCUGGGGAGAAGGCGAGCAGCAACAGCAAUGGGACAGCGGAGUGGCUGUGCCCUUUGUGCCAAAAAGGGCAAGCGGACAGAGCCUCCCUGUCUCAACACCUCACCGACCAACACAGCGUGCUCCCGACGUGUCUUGACAAACUGCUAGACAUCUCUGUUCUCACACAAGAGGCGAGGCAGGAAGAGGGAAAAGGCGCUUUAUCUUCAGCUGCAGUUUGGACACAAGAGAGGCCAUCUGAAAACAUCGCCUCAGAACCCUGCCAAACUCGUUCCGACGCCACCCAUCGAGAUAAGGAGAUGGAGGAAGACAGAAUGUUGGACGAGGAAGGAGGUGAAGCUGAACCGCAGCCAGAAGAUGAGGCCAAUGAAAUCCCGGAAGCCAAACAACGGCAAAAUGCGGCUGAAAACGAAGGCGACGGCACUCCGAAGUCGGCUGGUAAAAACGGCGAGAAUAACGCGCUCUCGUUCAAAUGCAGCGCCUGCCUGGAAACGUUUCCCAGCAGAACUGCCCUGAGCGUUCAUUAUUACUCGGCAUCGCACAUUCAGAAAAUGACGACGAUGCAAAGUGGCGACGCCGACCCCCAAUCGCCUUCCGCCGCCGCCCUUUCUCGGCCGUAUGUCUCAAACAAACCGUACCAGUGUGCCGUGUGUCGAGUCUCGUACAAUCAUUCCAUUACGCUCGAGAGCCAUCUGAAGUCGGUCUUGCAUCAAACCCGCAGUCGGAGUGCUGCAAACAACGCACUCGGUAGUAGUGGAGGCAGUACUAGUACUCCAAAUACUGCAGUGAGUACUGCUGCAAGUGGAAGCAGUCAGCUGGCCGCCGCCGCCACCGCUAACUGCGCUACUCCCGGAACAAUAAUGGCGCCCACAGCCGUCGAUGCGGAGCAGACCCAAACUUCCCAAGCGGCUCCCUCGCUCGUCACCCCACCCGUGGCCUCAGCUCAGGCGGUCUCAGCCUUUCUCACCCUCCUCACGUCCAGCCCGAGCGCUCUCUCGCACCCCCUCAUCCCGUCCCUGUAUGCGCCUGGCGCCGGUGCAGACGCAGCUCAGAUUGUGCCUCAGCCUCACAUGGUCAUGCCCUUGAUCCUGAACGGCCUCCAAGCCCAGCAAGCCCAGCAAUGCCCCGAGAACCAGCAAGGACAGCUCCUUACCCCGUGUGUGCCAUUUGUGGGUCUCAACGCAGCGCAGCAAGCCCUCCUGACCCAAAGACUUAGCAUGCUACAGCACCAGUGGCCCCCUGUUGCUGUUCCAGCUACCACACCAGCAGCCCCGGGUGAAGCGAAGCUGCUGGACGGGGUUAGCAUCAAGACCGAGGAAACCGAUGAAGAGAUUUGUCCUAAUACACAAAGCAACGACAAGGAUGAGAGUAACGACGAUAGCAAAACCCCGACCGACCACGAGGACAUGGAAGUUGACAAACCGGCAAGUCCAGGUCCUGCCCCGGUCGCCAUGACAAAGAGCGUCCAUAACAACAACCCCUCACCUUCUCCGUCAAUGCCUAGCAACUCGAGCUACAGCCCUGUACAUUUAAAUCUUACGCUCAGCCCCGAUUCCACCCCUCAAAAAUCACACGCAACCGCCAGUCCGGGCGGUUCCGUCGGUACCCCAAAGUCCAGCCCCGUCGCCUUAACCAACCAGUCCCGCCUCCGUUGCAGUAACUUGGGAGCAAUUUACCCAGAACUCCCGGCGUUGUCCGAGUUUCAAUCCGAGGUUCUUUGGGCUUUCUUUGAAUCGCGAAGCGAGGCGGAUGCGGCGAGUCCUCCCCGCGAGGACUGCGAGGCGCUGGCGCGAGAGGUGGGGCUUUCCGAGGAGGAGGUGCGCAAAUGGCUUUGCCAGGCCAGAUAUACCAAACAGAGACAGAGGGCGGAGCUCGCACACCAGCAAGGUUUGUUGGGAUCGGCGAGGGCCGCUCAAGGCAGCGACAACGACUACGACGAUGAAGAAAACUCGCUCAUUAUAGCGGAAGAAGAACUGGACGAGGACGAGGAGGACGCUGAUUUUGUGUCAGGGAGUCAGGCGGUGGAUUUGUCGAGUUCAAGUCGGCAUCGCCAACAGAAAAGUUCAGGAAGGGAAGGCCAGGGAGAUGCCUGCUUGACUUCUGACUCUGAAAAUGAGGUCUAUACCUCCGUGAUUGUGACGGACGAGGAAAGUCAGAAUGAAGGUCUUCAAGAGGCUCCAGAAAGCCCCGUUAAAGAAGAAGUGAAACGUGAGGUCCAGUGUGAGAAAGGGGCCAUCGGAGGAAAAGUCCUGCGCUCCACAACAGUCUUCCUCUCGGACGCAGAAGACGACGACGACGACGAAGAAAGCGGAAACACGCACAGAUCCAGGAAGAAAAAACGAAAGGGGGACUUCGAACAUGAAGUGGAGGUGAAACGAGAGAGACAGGACCCGGAUGUGGAUCUCGAAUUAGAGGCCCAAGCGGAUCCUCCAAGUUCACAGGCCUUCUCCAUUGACCGGAUUCCAAGUGCCGCUCUUCACUCGCUCCCUCUGUCUCUCACUCCUUUUUCCACGCCAUUCCUGAGCCCUUACGUCCUCUCACUCGCUCCGUCAUUAGUCGGAGUCGGGAGCAAAGUGCCGGUCUUCACGAACACGCCCACCGUCACCAGUUUCUCCAGUUCCCUUCUCUCGCAGUCGCUCUCUUCCAUCAGUCAAACGUCUCAAUAUUUGUCCAAUGGCGGCGACUGCGAGACGGCGCUGGAUCUCAGUAUGGGAAAAAACAAUUCCUCUUCCUCUCAGGCCGAUAAAAUCUCCGUACAGAAAGGGCAGUUGCUGGACGGGCUCGGCUUGAGGCCCACUUCCCAAGGUCUAGUCGUGGUUCAGGUUAAACCGGAGUCUCUCACCACCGUGACCGCUUCGAACACUAGCAUGACUCUGGUCAACAGCAAUAACCUGACAAAGUCUGGUCAUUACACGAGGCCGGUCGAAAAACCGAAUGCAGCGCUUUUAGUUAAAGAGGAGGACAAGGAACGUGGGCAGCAACAACAGCAGAGGCGGGCCAAAGGGAAACGGUACCACGAUAUGCGGCGCUCGAGGACCAUCAUUCAAGCGGAACAACUCGACGUUCUCUACGGAUGCUACUUCAAAGAUCCGAACCCUGGGAAAAAUGAGUUUGAACAGAUCGCCGAAUGGGUUCACCUUCCGAAGAAAGUUGUCCAGAUUUGGUUCCAGAACAUGAGGGCGAGGGAACGCAAGGGCGAGGUCCGAUUCAUCAGCGACGGAACCCUGGCGGCCGUCGGUAAACCCCUCAUCAAAUUCACCUGGCCGCUUUCCAAACCCAUUUUUUCCAACAAGCCGGUCACCAACAACGCGGCGACCAUCACCGCCGCGCCGAUUGUGCGCACUCUCAAGACCGAGUCCAAACCUGCGGCCGCGCCGAAAAAAUCCACGCCGGUUCCGAUCAAGCCCAAGGAAGUGGUUUCUUCCUCCGGCGGCUCCGCGGCGAGCGGCGGCGCCCCUGCAAUGCCAAAGACCAAGCUCGAAACCACCAGCAACGUCACCAUGGUCAAAGUUGUAGCACCCCUAAAGGAUCUCGUCCCCAUCGCCCCGAGACCUUCUGAACAGAAGCGAUUAGAGGCGAGCGAGGAGGAAAAAACCGAUGAGGAGGAGGAAGACGAAAACGAGAAGGGUCCCCCGGUAACGAACCGUAUGGUACCCAAGAUGGCGAUGACGUCUGUCAACAGUAGACCGCCGCCGCCCCAGAAACAGAACGGCCUGAACUACUGGACCACUAAAGUCCCCAUCAAGAUCAACACUCUUUCCCGGGAGCAACUGGGUCUUCCGACACACACUCGCACCAUCCCUCCCCCUCCCACUCCCAGCAUCGCACCCGUCAGCCCGAACAUCCCGAACCCGGCCAAAGUGGGCAAGGUACCCAUCCCGGUUUUGAGUAAAUCCUCGGAAAACCGCUUCCUCAGCCACUCUUCCAGCCGCAGGCCACGCACGCACUUGUCCUGCUUGCAGCUUUACAUCCUGCAGUCCUGCUACGAGACUUGCGCCCACCCCAACGCCAUAGAGUGCGAGGCCCUCGGCACCGCCCUCAACCUGCCCCUCAAGGUGGUCCAGAUUUGGUUCCAAAACACCAGAGCUAAGGAGAAGCGCUGGAGGCUGCAGCAAGAGAAACUGUCUCUAUCAAGCGGUGGUAAAGUGGACGUGAGCUCAGGAAGCUACCUGCAUUACAACGCUCUCAAAGCCAAUCGUCCCAUCCUGCCCAAACCCGUUCAGCUGACAGUCACCGAAUCGCCGACGUCCCCAGCGAGCGGCCAGUCGACGCCGAGCGAGACCCUGACGGGCUGCUGCAAUGCCUGCAAAGUCUCGUUCAAAUCCGGGGCGGCCGCCAGGGCCCACGUCUUCUCCCCGCAUCACCUCGCCAUGCUGCGAACCACUGACUUUGGCCAGCCCACGACGCUCGUCAACAAGAACGGAACCGGCAGCGCCCUAGCCAGCUCCGGCGCCAGUUCCGGAAUCGAAGUGGUCAUCGAGUGUCCUCCGUCUGCGGCCACCAGCAACAGCUAAAAAAAAAAAAAACUCAGAUCAGGAUUGGUCUGCACACUGACUAUCGGACCCGUUUGGGCUCCUCAAAUUUUAAUAAACGAGUUUGAGCACUAUUCCUCACAACCUAACUUGCUUUUUUUUUUUUUUUUUUGGCUUUUUCUGCACCUCCAUAUCCUUUUUUUCUGACGACUCAAAUGGACUCCGGAAUCAAACAGAGCUUCUGAGUGAUGGACAAUACCCCCUUCUUCUCAAGACCUUCCUUUACAAAUGGCGAAGGUAUUCAAACUUGCCAUGCUUGAGACUUGCAAAUGCGCUUUUGGAUGCGGCCUGCAGGCCCAACAAGUCACUAUUUGGGAUUACAGGAAAUAGUCGCAGUAAUAACUUUCACUUUGCGCCUGUGGAAUUUUUUUUUUUUUUUUUUAAUCUCCAGAGGAAAUAUUGCUUGGUUCUAACAUGAAUGGACUGAACAAAUGUGACUUGUCACCCUUUUUAAUUUGCUACGGGCUAAUGUGGUCUGGGGAGUGUUUGCGUGUGUACUCAUUUGGGAAUACUUAGAGGUACUUUAGAGAGAUAGACGAGGGCUUUUAACUUUCCUUUCCCCCCCUCCCCCAUGUAUAGUUUUCAUGACAAUCCAAACACAGGUUGUAGAAAAGACAAAAAAAAAAUCUUGGCAUACCGCACUUUGACACAUUUUACAUAGAUUGAAAUGUUUUUAAAGCAUUCUAAUGCAAGUGUCUUUUUAUGGAAAGAUGCAUUCAUGCAUGUUGGAUGCCUUAAUAUAAAUUGUGAAAUAAAUUGAUUCUUUUUUUUUUUUUUUUGCUAGUCUCUUGAAACAUGUAAGCAUAGUAUUGUGCAAGAGGGUAUAAACAUGAAAAAGAGCUCUGCCCCCCCAUCCCCCCCCAACACACAAUGGCUUUUACACACUUUUGGGUGGAGGGAGAGGAGAUCUGAAUGUCAUUUUUUUUUUAAUAGAACAUAGCAAAUUCUGCCUGUAAACAUGUCGCCAGCUUUUCCCCCCCCCCUCUCUCUCAGCCAAGGAUAAAAAAAAAAUCUUUCAAAUCUCUGAUCCUGUGGAUUUCUAUUCUAUUUCCCCACCCAAAUAAUGUAUUGUGUUAUGUAUAUGUCUCAUUUUGACCGCCUUAACGAGGAUCCUCAUAGGUUUUUCUCAAUUGAAAACAAUUUUGCAAAUAGUAUAAAUUGCUCUACAAACCAACCAUAGCACCCCUACCCCCCCUCGUCCCCGUAGUUGCCAAUUCUGGUCAUGCACGUGCUGUGAAAAUCGACAUGAUCUGUUCAAACCAAACAAGGGAGGAAGUUGGCUAUUUACUAAAUAUCCUUAAGGCACUAAAAUGGAUACUCCAUUGUUGGAAGUACAUUUGGGGAACAUUUUUAUCAUUUUGACUGAGAGCUAAAUAAGAUGGUGCUGUGUUGAAGGACACACAACUUACUAAAGAUGUUUUUUCCUUCAGUUUGUAUAUUCAUGUUACUAUUGAUAGUUUUAACAAAAAAUGCAAACCUAAAAUGAUCUUUUUUGUAAAUGAAAUAUAUUAAAAAUAACUGAUAUUCCAAAGUAAUCCUUUUUUUUUUUUUUUUUCGCUUUCUGUCAUUAUUAAAAAAAAAAAAAAAAAAAAGAAAAAGAAAACCAAAAAGCAAUCUUGAGGUGGCGGUUGGAGCAGGAGAUGUGUUCACAAAUGCAAACUGUAAAGAACAUCCCACGGCUUGACACUUGCACUAAGUCCACUAUAUUUGCACAAGCUACAGACAUUUCAAAAAAAAAAAAAUCGAAAAAAAAAUCGAACACAGCCAUCAUAAAUGCAAACCGAAAAAGUUACUUGGUGUGUCUUUCAAACAAAGACCGGUGUUCUUUCGUGAGUUCUACGAUGUUUUGUCUGUUGGAAACUAUCUUGUAUGUAAAAAAAAAAAACAACAAACAAACAAAACAAGGGUAUGAGUGCUUGAACCUCAAGACUGGGAUAACACACACACAAACACAAACACGGUGUUGCACUGUCCAAAUUAGACUAGAGUUUUUAAAUGGAGAUCUGCUUUUUAUUAUCUUACAUUUCAUUGUCACUUUUGAUUAUCACUAUUGUUAUAACUCUUCUACUUAUUACCAUUAACUACUCAUGCUGUUUUGAUUUACCCGUUCAUUAUUAUUUUUAUGCCACCUCUCUGCUCAGACUGAGUAUGGUAUUCCUCUGAAUAUUGAACAAUAAUAGUGGCAGUGUUGUUAUGUAUUUGUUAGACGCCUGAUUAAGUUUGUUCCCCCUCCUUUUCCCUCCUCACUGUACCUUGCUUUUUUGUGUUUGGUCUCCAUUAUGCUUUCUUUGAUAUACAGAAAAAUAAAAUCAGUUCAACAUGGUAAAAAAAA